UGGGUAGCUGUCAUCAGGACUUCAAUCGGUGAGCCACGUUGGCCAAAACCAGAAAAAACUUUCUGGUAGAAACACAGCCAAAUGCCGAUCAUAUCACCUUCACUUACGCUUCAAUAAAUAAAAACAAAGCUGAAGCAAAAUCUGCUGUGGGUUUUGAUCUGCAGGCAACAAAAGCAAUGAGCCAUCCCAAGUACGCUCAUCCCUACUAUCAGGGUCCGCCGCCUCCCGUGGUGGCGCCGCCACAAUAUGCAGUUGCUCGGCCGCGGAGACCGGGUUGCCUGGAGGCAUGUCUUGCUGCGCUAUGCUGCUGCUGUCUUGUUGACCAGUGCUGCUGCGACCCCUUUUGUCUCUUCGCCUUCUAGCUUAGCCCUACCCCUACAUCUGCUUUCUUACAAACUUCAUCAUUAUAUGACAAACUCCAAAUCCAACCAGUCGUCAGGAUGUUAAUUCCAACAAGGACUCCAAUGAAAAACAGGAGGGGACUUCCGUGCUGAAAGCACAAACGCUGGCCACAAGCCAAAAACCAGGCGAUGAAGAAAACAAGAAAGCUUCUUGUUCUCUUAGUGAUCCAUACGAUCCCGUACGGAUCCUUCAAAGAAUGGAAUAUGAUACCAACUUUGGAUUUUCCCCCUCUUCUACACUGACCCACCAGCCGUAGCUUCCAUUUAACUCCUCUUCGGCCUCCUCAAGUCAAAAAAUUGGGAGAUCCCCAAAAAGAAGGAGAAAAAGAACGUACCUGAAGUCCUUCGUCUUCCUUUCUUCAUGUUUUUUUAAGUUUCUUUCUAUACGCAGCUUGCUACACUAACCAGGAAACAUGGCCCAUGGUGGUGGUAAUCGCCGUGAUACAGCGUUUGACAUUGGUAAAACUACGUUUAAUGGUGGGCUUGAGUUUUCUGGCCUUACUUAUACUGUCAUCAAAGACAAGGAACAUGAAGGGAAGCUGGUGAAGCAAGAAGUAGACUUGUUGCACAAUAUUUCGGGGUAUUCACCAAAAGGAAGUAUCACCGCAGUAUUAGGUCCCAGUGGGGCUGGAAAAUCUACCUUCUUGGAUGGUCUUGCGGGAAGAAUUGCAAGCGGAAGCCUGAAGGGUAGAGUUUCUUUGGAUGGCAUGGAAAUGAGCCCAAGCUUGAUUAAAAGAACUUCUGCAUAUAUAAUGCAAGAUGACAGGCUCUUCCCGAAGCUCACUGUUUACGAGACUCUGAUGUUCGCAGCAGACUUCCGGCUGGGUUCAAUUCCAAAAAACGAUAAAAUGGAACGGGUGGAGAAAUUGAUUGAGCAGCUUGGUUUAUCAUCUGCUCGAAACACCUAUAUUGGAGAUGAAGGAACAAGAGGGGUGUCCGGUGGCGAACGAAGACGAGUUUCAAUUGGGGUGGACAUCAUCCAUGGACCAUCACUGCUUUUCCUUGAUGAGCCAACUUCAGGACUAGACUCCACCAGUGCUUACAGUGUCAUUGAAAAGGUGCAUAAUAUAGCUCGCACUGACAGCACUGUGAUCCUUACAAUCCACCAGCCAUCAUCUCGAAUCCUAUCAUUCUUUGACCAUCUCAUCAUCCUUGCUCGAGGGCAGCUCAUGUUUCAAGGAUCACCAAAGGAUAUCAAACACCAUAUCAGUCUAAUGGGACGAAAAGUACCUCGAGGAGAAAAUCCAAUUGAAUAUCUUAUGGAUGUUAUUCAAGAAUAUGAUCGGUCUGAAUUUGGAGUGCAGGCACUAGCUGAGUUCGCUAGAACAGGAACGAAGCCCCCACACUUGUCUGAUGAAGAGAUUUCGUUAUCUACUAUACAUGCCUCGCCGGCUUCAUCUUAUCAGUCUGGUGUACAAAAAACUAGCAAUAUUGUGACUGGAAAACGGCUCCACUUGCAAACCAGUUCUUGUGCUUUAAAUGAUCAUGAUCAUAGUUUGAGAAGCACUUAUAAUACAUCAAGGUCAUGGAGUGCGAGUAAUAGUGUGGUUAUGCAGGCUCUGAGGCUGCCAAAAAGACAACAAGAUGGAGCAAAGCUGCGUAAUCAAAUGAGUUCUUCGCCUGCCUCUUAUGCAUACUCAUUUGAUGUCCUGCAUGGCACACCAACACCUUAUAGCAGUGAUUACACAGUGAAUGAAAAUGACUACCUGACUUCAAAUGUCGGUUCAAAAUCUGUUCCCAUUCACAACCUGGGGAAAAAAAAUUCAAACUCAUUUUUCUCUGAGACCUGGAUUCUUAUGCGUCGAAAUUUCAAGAACAUCUCAAGAACCCCUGAGCUGUUCCUGUCAAGGUUGAUGGUCCUCACAGUUAUGGGGUUUAUGAUGGCUACAAUGUUCAUGAAUCCUAAAGAGAAUAUUCAAGGAAUCACAAACCGUCUCAGCUUCUUCAUCUUUACCGUCUGUCUCUUCUUUUUCUCUUCCAAUGAUGCUGUCCCAGCAUUCAUUCAAGAACGUUUCAUUUUCAUCCGUGAAACUUCCCACAAUGCCUAUAGAGCAUCAUCUUACACCAUCGCUGGUCUUAUUACUCACCUGCCUUUUCUUGGCCUGCAAGCCGCGGUCUAUGCUGGCAUAGUUUGGUUUGCUUUGAAACUCCGAGGAUCUUUCAUAUAUUUCCUGAUAGUCCUCUACAUGUCCCUUCUUUCAACAAACUCAUUUGUUGUAUUCAUUAGCUCAGUGGUACCGAACUAUAUCUUGGGUUACGCUGCUGUGAUUGCAUUCACUGCCCUCUUUUUCUUGUUUUGUGGAUAUUUCUUAAACAGCCACGACAUUCCCCCUUACUGGAAGUGGAUGAACAAGAUUUCAACGAUGACAUAUCCAUAUGAAGGGCUUUUGAUGAACGAGUAUCAGACUUCUAAUCCUUUUGGGAAGCAAGCGAAUGGAACUGAUAUUACUGGUAUUAACAUAUUGGAAAGUCUUCAUAUCAAAACCGAUUCAGACAAAAAGUGGGAAAAUGUGAUUGUGAUGCUUGGUUGGGCCGUGCUUUAUAGAAUUUUGUUCUACCUAAUUCUUCGUUUUGCAUCCAAGAACCAGAGGACGUGAAUAAUCGAGGGAGUGGUCAAGAAAUAGUUCCUACAUUAGAGUACUGAUUUAAUUGAGAAUGAAAUUUCAUGCUUUCAUUUGCCCUCGUUUUUCUUGUAUUGGAAAAUCAAGUUCUACUUACAUCAGUGAAACUACAGUCUAAAAUGACUUUCAAUUUCCUGGGACAAACCAAAGUUAAAAUAACAGCUACCAAGUUCUCGAGUUUGGACCGAAAACAAAUUGAGGAGCUACAAUAAACUGCCGCCCCAUACAAUGAGGGUUGAUAUUCAAAAUUUCAAAUGGAUGCAGGAUACCUUUCGUAUCCAUAUUCCAGUGCUAAAUACACUCUCCGAAUAAUUUUUCCGGGAACCUCACCAUACUCCCUGAGCCCCGUUGUUCAUUCUUCCUCUCUUUCAUCCUGGAAUUCGGUUUUCCGUUUGCAACUUAAUUUUGGAUGAAUUAAAUGCACUGCUAUUGACAAAUUAUAUCCUAUUAUACAAACAAGAAAAUCGAUAGAAAAUAAGACACCAAGAGGCAAAUAAAUCAAUUUCUUCAUUGGAGAUUAUCAUUAUCCAAUAUUUAAAGGACCUGAAUUUUGGUAUUUUGCCUAGGAAUCGCUGCUUUGGCCAACUCAUGCUUAGGGUUUAAAUUUUAAUAGCCUAUCGGUAAGAAUCUACAUCAUCUUGGAGUCUUCGCCCGUAUCGAAGCUGCUCAUUUAUGAUUCCUAUGAAUGUGAAGCAUUCGGCAAAAGGUUAUACCAAAGAAACUGAUAUUACAUCUUGCUACAUUUGCACAUUUCAGGGAAUCAAAUAUGUAGAGAGCCCAAUAAUAAUAUUAAGGAGCUAAGCAAAAUGCAAUUAAAAAGGCUAACAAGCAAUUAUCUGAUCAAUCAAUUUGGACUUCUGACAAUCUUAAAGAAACUUGAGAUGAUAUGGUGGACGGACUGAUGAAGAUUGGAGGUAACUUAAGGACAAGAUGACCCAAAUAACUUGAGGUAUUAAGCUAUUAAACAACUUGAUAACUUUAUUCAUCUUUCAACGACUUUCACCAAGACCUGUGCCAUUUAACAACCUGCUACUGAUUCCAUUAGUUGAGCCAAAGAAUAAAAAAUUGAAAAUCCUGAUGAUCCAGGAGAAGUUGUGUUAAGUUCUAAUGUACACUGUUAUUUUGAUCAAUGGUCUAGCAACAGCCUCACCGAAUACAGUCAUAUUGUUCCAUUGACAUCAAAUAUACCUUUCCCUCUUAUUAUAACAGCACAUAUUCUAAGUUAUUGCUAUUAGGAUAGAAUUAGAAACAUUAUUAGGAUUAAAGCGAGCAUAGGUCACCGGUAAUUGGCAUAUAUCUCAAACCAAAAGGUUGCGAGUUCGAUCUUCACCCCACAUGUUGUACUAAAAAAAAGAAACAUUAUUAGGGUAUUGAGGUAUAUUAGUAAUUUUUGUUUGAGAAAUUUGUUAUAAAUAGGGUGAGAAAGGAUGAAGCUAGACAACUGUUUAGUGUGGUUUAAGCUUGAGUAAGAAUACACAAGAGAGGGGAGGUUCCAAAUAUCUCGAAUUACUACAAGAUUAUUGUAGC